AUGCCGACACAAACCACUCCUUUACAAUCUUCUACUACGCGCAGGCGCACCAAUAAACUCACUAAAAAGCCUCCCUCGUCACGAGGAGCAGGCAACGACAAAGUACUCGGUGCGCUGGCUUUGGUACCAGGGCCUGUUCAAGAUAGAAUACUCGUUGCUAUCGGAAACAAGGACGAACAGGCCGCAGGAGACUUUCCGACCAAGACGAAAAUACAGACCGACCGUGCAAAAGGCGGCUAUAUACCGUGCCAUGCCUGGUUUGGCUACGAGAGGCACGCAUUUGGUGCAGACGAAUACCACCCGCUUUCCCAGACUGGCUCAAAUCUCACCAUGGCUGGGUCCGUCGGGUACACCGUCAUUGACUCACUUUCGACAAUGCUCCUCUUUUCCCUUUCAGAAGAUGGCGCCUCGAUCGGACCGUCCUAUAAACGUGCUCGAAAAUGGCUCAAAGAGGAGCAUACCUUUGACGUGGACGCAGACUACAACACAUUCGAGCUCACCAUUCGUCUACUCGGAGGAUUACUCUCUGCGCAUUGGGCAGAGUAUGAAAUUGGGAUCACGCCUGGCAGACGGAGCAUCGACGACGACGAUGAAGAGGUCGACAUUUCUCCAACAAACUUGGCCGGCGACGCGCAGUCUGUCCUACGAAAAGCAAGGAAGAGAGACCAAGAGGAUGACUAUGACCCUUCGGAUAUGCUCUACUUACACAAAGCAGUCGACUUGGCAGAUCGACUGAUGCAUGCAUUCGAAACGCGCUCAGGUCUCCCUCUCUCGUACAUCAACCUCAAGACCCGCAAGGCAUCGAAAAGCGACCAAGAAAAUGGGCUAGCAUCCACUGCCGAGGUUGGCACUCUACAGCUCGAGUUUAGGUACCUUUCGCAUGUCUUGGCGAACCAACUCUAUCAAAUUCCUCCGAAUCAACUGAGCACUCUCGAAGUGCCGUCGUUCCUGAAAAACGAAGACGGUGUCAUCAAAGUCACAAAGGAAGGGACUAUGGGCAGGCUACCUUCGGUGUUCAUCAAUCCGGAUGAUGGAGAGUUUAUCAUUUCGCCCAUUCGACUGGGGUCGAGAGGCGACUCGUACUUUGAGUAUCUACUGAAGCAAUUUCUUCAGACAGACAAACGAGAACCUGAAUUGCUGAGGCUAUGGGAUGAUGCAAUCGAUCAAAUACAUACUACACUGGAAAUGCGGACACCUCGUAGAAAUCUGUUGUACAUUGCGGAACUCAAUCCAGAAAAGACGACGACGGACAGAUGUAGGCACAGCUUGCUCUGUCUUGACAUUUCUUCUCAUUCUCUUCAGCACAUGGAGACAGGAACCAAAGCAAGACCAUCUCGCGUGCUUCCUCGCCGGCUCGCUCAUGCUCGGGCGGCACAUACCAGAGGGAAGAAUGGAAAGGACGUUCCAAUCGCGAGCGUACCACCCAAGCUCGGGGAAUUUGAAGAUGGCGGGCGGGCAAUGAGGGACUGGCGAAUGGGCGAGGAUAUGCUCCGAGGAUGCUACGAGACACACAAGACAAAAACUGGGCUUGCGCCGGAAAUCAUUCAUUUCCGUACAAAGACGGAGCCGCAGUGGAUUACGGAUAAAGCCGAGGGAGAGUGGUACAUCCGUGGUGCUCCACCGCCGGCACCUCCCCCAAUCGAUGCCCGCUAUAUUCUACGACCGGAGAUCAUCGAAUCCAUCUUCAUUGCCUAUCGUCUGACGGCCGACCCAAAGUAUCGAAGAUGGGGUUGGCAAAUCUUCGAGUCUAUCGAAGAGCAUUGUAUGAUUCCUACAGGAGGAUACGCGGGCGUGAGGAAUGUUGACCAUCUCCCCGUCGAACACGAAGACAAGAUGGAGACAUUUUUCCUCAGCGAGACGUUAAAGUACCUCUACCUCUUGUUCUCGGACGAUUCGGUUCUCCCACUAGAAGACAUUGUCUUUAAUACAGAGGCGCAUCCAUUCCCUCGUUUCGUUCCGGAUUGGGACACCGCAUUCAUGUAA